UUGAUCUAAACUCUGAAGAGGUUUGCAUAGGUUUCCUGUUUGUAAUAGUGCCGCCAUUUGAGAAACCCGUUGAUUUUCCAAUCUUGAGAGACACAUGAAGCAACCCAGAUACGAAAACUAGCGGCGUCUAAUUCACAGGAACGGAAGAGUGGAAAUCAACAACAACAGUAGUUUGUUUCAAUAGCGAGCAAGAUAGUCGUUUUGAGAGUUGAAACCCUUUUUGGAAUCCUGGAUAUGCUUAGGAACUUGAUUCGUUUCCCUGAAUCGCUGCAGACAGACAACUCAAUUCACAUCUUGGGUAUGUCUUCUUCAUGGAUUCGUUCACUUUCAGCUCAGAAGAGGAAGUUUGGUUAUGGCCUCCUUCAUAAUCCGCUUAAGAGUUCGACAAACUCAAUCCCCCAGUUUUGCAUACAAAGACACAGAGACCUGACUAGCAUUCGAUCUUUUUGUACCAGUCGCAUUGGAAUACCGUCUUUGAGUUGGAUUCAUCAGGCUACGGGAGCGCAACUUUGCACGCUAACUGAUGUUGAACCGUCUGAUACCGAUUCUUGCAGUGAUGCAGGUGCUCGUGUUGUUGAGGUGUCGCGUGAUGAUUCGGAUGAUAAUGUUGCAACAAAGGAAGUUAGGGUUAGGUAUGAAAAGCCAGUAGAUUUCACCAAAGUGAAGAAGAAUCUGCUUCCGACUGUGAUUCUUGUUGGCCGCCCGAAUGUGGGCAAGUCAGCUUUGUUCAAUCGUUUGAUCCGGAGGCGGGAGGCCCUUGUGUACAACACACCAGAUGAUCAUGUUACUCGUGACUUCAGAGAUGGCGUUGCUAAAUUGGGUGAUCUACGAUUCAGAGUAUUGGACUCGGCUGGCUUAGAAACAGCAGCUUCUUCGGGUUCUAUUCUUGACAGAACAGCAGGGAUGACUGCAAGUAUAUUGGCAAGGUCUCAGUUUGCGGUUUUCCUUAUAGAUGUGAGAGCUGGACUGCACCCACUUGAUCUGGAGGUUGGAAGGUGGUUGCGCAAGCAUGCACCUGGAAUCAAUAUUGUAGUUGCCAUGAAUAAAUCAGAGUCACUUUUUGAUGGUAGUGGCUCUCUUGCUGCGGCUGCUGCUGAAGCUUAUAGGUUGGGAUGGGGUGACCCUAUUGCCAUUUCAGCUGAAACUGGACUUGGUAUGCAAGAUCUUUAUGGGAGUCUAAAGCCUAUGCUUGAGGAUUAUAUGCUCAGUGUCUUAAACAAUCAAGAAAACACUGAUGAGGGAAAUUUCAGCGACGACAGCUCCUGUGAGAUUGAGGAUAGUAAGCUGCCGUUACAGUUAGCAAUCGUAGGAAAACCCAAUGUUGGGAAGUCAACCUUGCUGAAUACAUUGUUGCAAGAAGAACGUGUGCUGGUAGGUCCGGAAGCUGGUCUGACAAGAGAUUCAAUUAGAGCUGAGUUUGAAUUUCAAGGGAGAACUAUCUACCUGGUUGACACUGCAGGCUGGUUGCAGAGAACAAAGAUGGAGAAAGGACCAUCAUCCUUGAGCAUUGUGCAGUCAAGAAAGAGUCUCAUGAGAGCUCAUGUGGUUGCUCUGGUCCUGGAUGCCGAAGAGAUCUCAAAGGCCAGAAGAAGUAUGAAGCAUGAUGAAGUAGUUAUAGCUAGACAGGCUAUUGAAGAAGGGCGUGGUUUAGUGGUGGUUGUGAACAAGAUGGAUCUAUUAAAAGAACAAGAAAUUUGUGACAAGGUUAUGGAAGCUGUGCCUCAAGAAAUUCAGACGGUUAUACCCCAGGUGACUGGAAUACCAGUAGUAUUCAUAUCAGCAUUGGAAGGAAGGGGUCAGGCAGCUGUCAUGCACCAAGUUAUUGAUACAUAUGAAAAAUGGUGUUCAAGGUUGUCCACAGCUCGUCUGAACCGUUGGUUGCGCAAGGUUAUGAGCAGGCAUUCUUGGAAAGAUCAGUCUGCUCAACCCAAGGUCAAGUACUUUACACAGGUGAAAGCACGACCACCCACUUUUGUGGCCUUUGUUAGUGGGAAGAAAGAGCUCUCAGAUACAGACAUCAGGUUCUUAAAAAGGUCUUUGAAGGAAGACUUUGAUUUGGGUGGAAUUCCGAUCAGGAUCAUGCAGAGGAACGUCCCACGGAAGGCUGCCAAUGGCAAUAGCAAGAGCGGCCAAUUUACUAAUAGAAUGCCUGAUAGGAUCUUCUCUGACAAGAGAACUGUAUCCGUGUGAACUACCAUUUCUCAGUAAGUUAAACUUGUCAACAAUUGAGGUUGUGCAAUUGUUUCAAGGACAUUUGUAGAUUAGAGUGUAUUUACUGAUUAUGAUAAAGAACUGAUUAUUAUAUUCUAGGUUCAACGGGAUUAACAGACAUGGAGAUGUAAGCAAACCAAAUCUCUUACGUAUUUUUGUCCCAAAUCCAAUGGUCAAACAUUCUUAUCUCUGAUGUUGUGUCUGCAUGAUUAUGCAUAAUAGUCAGAUGCUUGCUUCUUUUAUAUGCCAGUUCAUUGUGGGGGUUUCUGUUUUAUUGUUUAUGGACUUGGUAACUUUCACAAACUUAAAGCUGUGAGUCAACAUUGUUUCUUACAUUUUCUUUCAUUAGCUCAUAUCAUAUCUUUUGACAUGGAAAUUCUCACUUUUGUUUUUUACAUUUGUUAUCUUGCUUGUAAUACUUUAGCUUGUUCCAAUACGGUUGAUUUUUUGAGUUCUAGAGUGUGAGACAAGAUAGAUUUCUUUUUUCAUUUACCUUUGUUUUCUGUUUGGAUUGCUGACAAGCUUUAUUAUGUUUUUAGCUGUCUAGACAAAAGUUCUCACUUUUCUAUGUUCUUGUAAUUGUUGGUCUGGCUCUGAUUUGUGAACUGUAAUAUCUCUGAGAAAUGAUAGACAGAAUUGUGAUUGGGAAAAAGUCUUAUAUUUUUCUCAAACUCUUAAUAUACUGGGAAAUGUGUGGUAUGAGUAUAUUAAUUAAGCUGUUCAGAGGUUGUUUGGUCUAAAAGUUGUUGUCAUCUAUUUGGAAUUUUUUGUUUACUGUGCUGUUUCUUCAUAUGUUUCCAUAUAAUCAGCAUUCUGUGAUGACAAGUUUUCUUUUAAUCUUUUAUUGUUUUUUUUUUCUAUUGCAUUUUGUGAUCCCUCAGAGUGAUGUUAGAUAUUGUGCUUCAGGUGCUUCUUGGGGAUGUUGGAGCUAUGAUGUCUUCUCGAGGGUUUCUCUUUGUAUUAGGAUAGUUUCUUGAAUUUCAGGUUCGUUCGGUUUAAAGUUUUGGGGCAAUUCAUUGUAUAGAGAGGAGCUACUACAGCUAUAGUUGAGUAUGACGUAACAGUUGAAGAAAGAUUUCUACGAACCAAUUUUUAUCUACUCUUCAAUUUAGAUUU